AUGUUGCGCGAUCGUAUUGUUUGUGGCGUAAACUCUGAGAAAGUGAAAGAGAGGCUACUUCGUGACAACAAACUGACAUUAGAGAGCGCACUAAGUGUUUGCAGAGCAAAUGAGGAGUCUGCUAUUCACCUUAAAGACCUACACAGCGAGGAAGCUACAGCAGCCGCAGUGUUCAAGAAAUCAAAGGACCGAGACCAUCACAGGCAGUCAGCUAACAGAAACAACAGAAAGAAACAAAGCACAAGACCGGUAAGCACACAUGAACAAAAAAGUAAAGGGAAAACAUGUGGAAAGUGUGGGACUAGUCAUGAUGUUAGAAAAUGUCCAGCGUACGGGAAAAGCUGCCUAAAGUGCAACAAGCCGAAUCAUUUUGCGAAAAUGUGCAGAACUAAAAAUGUGAAUACUGUUGAGCAUGAUGAAGUACCGACAGAUGAAGAAUUCUUUAUAGAUGCAGUGAGCAAGACCCCAAGUACUGUUGUUAAGGAUGAAGCAUAUGUGAAUCUCGAGUUCAACAAAAUGACUGUCAAACUGAAGAUUGACACAGGCUCACAAGUGAACAUUAUAUCUAGAGAAUUGUUGAGUAAACUACCAGUGAAAAAACAGAUCACAAAAACCUCUGUGAAGUUGACGAGUUAUACUGGCAACCACAUACCUAUUAUCGGAAAGUGUUUUCUUAGACACAAGAAUCACAACUUAGAGUUCUAUGUGACUAAAACAGACACUAUACCAUUGCUUGGACUCAAAUGUUGUGUAGAUCUAGGACUGGUAAAGCUCACAAUGGCGACUCAGAAAAAGGAAGAGGACGCGGAACUAUACGAUGAGUUCUCAUCAGUUUUCCAAGGAUUAGGGUGUUUGCAGGAACCGUACCACAUACAGAUUGAUUCAACAAUGAAACCGGUUGUACACCCACCUAGAACAUUUCCAGCAGCACUUAGAGAUGAUUUGAAAGCCUCACUAGAUGGAAUGGAGUCCCAGGGCGUCAUUGGAAAAGUGGACGAGCCAACGGAAUGGGUUAGUUCCAUCGUUUGUGCAGAAAAAUCCAAUGGUAAACUGAGGAUAUGUCUGGACCCACGGGAUUUAAAUAAGGCAAUCAAGCGAGAGUACUAUCAACUACCCACGAUUGAGGAGAUCACUACUCGUCUUGCAGGUGCCAAAGUUUUCAGCAAACUGGACGCCAACAGCGGUUAUUGCCAGAUACCACUUGAUUCGGAAAGCCAAAAACUAACAACAUUUAACACACCUUUUGGUCGUUAUUGUUUCCGAAGGAUGCCAUUUGGAAUAAAAAGUGCUCAAGAACUUUUCCAGAAGCGCAUCUCACAACAUUUCAGCCACAUUCCUGGAGUGGAAGUGGACAUAGAUGAUAUUUUGGUCUGGGGAACUUCUAGAGAAGAACACGACCAGAGAUUAAGAACAGUGCUAGAAAAGUGUAAAGAGAUAAAUUUGACUCUUAACAAAGACAAAUGUGUAUUUCGAAGUUCUGAAGUCACAUACAUUGGACACAUUUUAUCAUGUGAAGGUGUCAAACCAGAUCCCAGGAAGAUAGAAGCCAUCACUAAGAUGCCCCCACCAGAGGACAAAAAGGGAGUUGAACGACUAUUAGGGACCAUCAACUAUCUGGCGAAGUUCAUACCCAAUAUGUCGAGGAUAACACAACCCAUCAGAACACUUUUAAGGAAGGAUGUGACAUUUCACUGGGACCAUGAGCAGGAGAGUUCAUUCAAGGAAAUCAAGAGAGUUUUAUCUGAAACACCUGUUCUUACAUUUUUUGAUGUCAAGAAACCUGUGAUUGUAAGUGUAGAUGCGUCAAAGUCAGGAUUAGGAGCUGUUGUUCUACAAAAUGACAAACCCAUAGCAUAUGCAUCGAGGGCGCUUACAGAUGCUGAAACAAGAUACGCACAGAUUGAAAAAGAACUCCUUGCGGUGACAUUCGGGCUGGAACGGUUUCAUCAGUACACAUACGGUGUUGACGUCACAGUGGAAAAUGAUCACAAACCACUCGAGUCAAUACUGAAAAAACCUCUUUCUCAAGCACCGCCAAGACUUCAAAGACUUCUACUUAGAUUACAGAAGUACACGUUUACUUUCAAAUACAAGCCUGGCAAAGAACUAGUAGUUGCAGAUACACUAUCACGAGCGUGCCUUCCCGUCAACAAACAGGAAUCUCAAACUUUGACUCAAGAGUUGGAUACGUUUGUUCAUUCUGUGUUCUUACAAAGUGUGCCUAUGUCAAGGAACAUUCUCGAGGACAUCCGCAGGUCAACUAAAGGUGACGAUGACCUUAAACGAGUGAAAGAUUGCAUUCAGAAUGAAUGGCCUCAGCACAAGGAAUUUACAGCAAAUAAGACAUUACAGACAUUCUGGAAGGUCAAAGAUACUCUUACUGUGGUAGAUGGACUGAUUCUCAAGGGAGAAAGAAUCGUGAUUCCGAGAGAUAUUCAGCCGGAAAUCUUGCGACAAUUACACACAGGACACAUGGGCAUGGAGAAAACCAAGCGUCGAGCUAGAAACAUUGUAUACUGGCCCAAUAUGAAUAGAGACAUUGACAAUAUGACUCUACAGUGCAACACAUGCAUGGAUUUCAGAAACCAAAAUCCUAAGGAGCCUCUUGUCUCGACAACCAUUCCUGAAGGACCAUGGCAAGUAGUAGGAACAGAUUUGUUCAGCCUACACAACAGUGACUACUUGAUUGUUACCGACUACUACUCAAGAUAUUUUGAAGUUGCAAAACUACCUAACACCAGAAGUAGUACUGUGAUUGACAGACUUAAGUCCAUGUUUGCGAGACAUGGCAUUCCGUAUGAAGUCAAGAGUGACAAUGGACCUCAGUAUAUUUCACAGGAAUUCAGACAAUUUGCUAAGGAUUGGAACUUCCAGCAUACUACCUCUAGUCCUUACCAUCAACAAGCUAACGGACUUGCAGAGAGGACAGUUCAAACGGUAAAACGACUACUUGAGAAAUCGAGAGUUGACGGAAGUGACCCUUAUUUGGCCAUACUGGAAUACAGGAACACACCAACGGAUACAGAAUCACCAGCUAAGUUAUUGAUGAGCAGAGAGUUGAGAUCCAUAUUACCUGUUACCAAAAGGCAACUUAGACCAAAAACGGUGAAAACCAAAGACGUCGUCAAGGAUCGAAAGGAAGCGCAAAGGAGACAACAAUAUUAUUUCAAUCACUCAGCUCGAGAUCAACCAAAGAUUUCUAUGGGACAAGCUGUUCGAUUCAGACACAAAGAUGAAUGGAAACCGGGUUAUGUGAUGAAGAACGAAAACCGAUCAUACUGGAUGACCACACCAGAAGGGGAAUACCGUAGAAACCGGAAGGACAUUCUUAUUUCAAAGGAGAAAAACUUUAAACCAAAACCAGCAAUAUCCAUUGAUGAUGAGCCAAACAGUUUACAGGAAUCUAAUACAGCAGUAGACUCUCAGAGUGCUAUCGUUUCGGAACAGCAAUCUCCACGUAAUCCUACUGGAAGUUAUCGUACCCGAUCUGGACGAGAAGUACGAAAGCCCAAACGUUUUGAGGAAUAG